UGUAUGAACCGAAUUUAUGGUAUUUUGAAGCCCUUGAUUUUUUAAGAGAUUUAGAGAUGCCCGAGCCUGGAAUCAGUACAGUAAUAAGUUCAGACGAUGACAAUGCUUCAAGGAGUCCUAUGCCAAGUACGAAGAAAUCUAGAAGCUCACAAAAUUGUGAGAGGAACGAGCUAUUACGAAAAGCUACCAGACAUAUUGAAAAUUUGGCACAAAAAGAAGAAAGCGACGAAGCCGAUACUUACGCAAAGGCCUGGGCGUGCUCAUAUCGCAAAUUAUCAGUGGAACAAAAGCUAUUUGCGAAAAAGGCUUGCGACGAAAUUUUUAUUUUGAGACAGUUGGAGAAAUUGACAUUGGAUUCUGUGCAGACCCAAACGUCCACAUACCCACCUCGGCAUGCUAUUUAUAAGCCAAUAUCGCAAAGAAUAUAA